AACAGGGGCAUGUAUCUGACUGUUCUUUCCCCUCUUUUCCUCUCUCCUGUGGAGAUACACUGAAGCACUCACUACAUUCUCAAUACUGACAGCACACGAUACUCAUAUGGUCCUCUGUCGAGCUGUCGUAUAGCUACGAGAAGUUGAUUCGAAAUCAGAGAGGAGAAUGUUGAGAGGCGGAAGUGGGGGUGAGUUGCGUCUCUUCAUGUUUGACUGGAGCUAAUCCAGAAUCAGAUUUAUGAGAGGCAGCUGCUAAGGGCUUGACGGACAGACGAGUGCAGGGAUUCCUGUGUUGCUGCUGCCGCUGCACAGAGGACGGCCAGGCUGUGUGUCAGUGCACAGUACAGUAGCAAGGAUGGUUCGUGAACAAUACAUCAGCACCACAGAUGAGUCUGGUACGCCAACGCCAGUGACUGACUCCAUCUAUACCAUUGGCAUAUAUGGCUGGAGGAAACGUUGCCUUUAUCUGUUUGUCCUGCUUCUCAUCGUCAUUCUGGUGGUGAAUUUUGGCCUCACAAUCUGGAUCUUGAGAGUGAUGUGGUUUAAUACGGAAGGUAUGGGAUACCUCCAGGUCACAGAAGAUGGGGUGAGGUUGGAGGGAGAGUCUGAGUUUCUUUUCCCACUUUAUGCUGAAGAGAUUGACUCCAGAGAGGACUCAGCUCUGCUGGUGCACUCCACUGAUAAUGUGACUCUCAAUGCCCGCAAUGCCAAUGGAGAUGUAACUGGAAGUAUAUCUGUAGGUCCAGGACAAGCCAAGGCUUUUGGGCAACAUUUUACAAUCAGCUCAAGUGACAAAACUCUGUUUUAUGCUGAUGAAGAAGAAGCGAUUGUGGGAACAGGGAAACUCAGAGUUACAGGCCCUCAAGGUGCACUUUUCGAGCACUCUGUUGAGACGCCACUAGUCAAAGCAGAGCCUCUGAGAGAGCUUAGGUUGGAGUCUCCAACUCGGUUUUUGAGCAUGGAAGCCCCCAAAGGUGUUCACAUCAAAGCGUUGGAAGGGAAUAUAGAUGCUGAAUCAAGUCUGGAUGUUAUCUUGCACUCAACCAAGGGUCUUUUGGUGUUAGAUGCUGAGACCAUUCGUCUUCCCAUGUUACCCGAGGGUGAAGCAGGAUCACCCGGUCACUCUCAGGGGCUGUACAACAUGUUUGAAGUGUGUGUGUGCCCCAGUGGCAAGCUGUUCCUCUCCAGAGCUGGUCUCUCCUCGACCUGCAGUGAGAGCCAGGAGUGCUGAAGUGCAUAGUAUCUGGAGACUGAUACUCACGUUAUAAUGAUUCGGUUGGAGAUCUCCUGCAGAGAUCUCUUGUUGCAGGAUUCUAAGAUGGAAUGCAAAAGCACAAUUUUGCUACUACAGUGACUUCACAGAAAACAAGAGGAAGCACAUCAUUCUCAGGUGGUGAGAGUUUCAGGCUGAAUACAUUAAAUACCUGGAAUACAUCUAUUACAAUUGUCAUCAAUAUUUGCAAUACUAUUGUUUGUGAGUGGUAAUUAUCUUUCAGUUUUAUUGCCUUUUUUUCCUCUUUUACCAAACUAGGCUGGGCAAAAAGGGGCUGGUCACCAGCAUACAUCCUAUGCAAUAUAAUUUAAUAGUGCAAUACGCAAAACUUGUGUAGUAAAUAUGAUUAUUGUUAAAGGAAGAGCAAGAGCAAAAACUAUUGUUUUAUGUGUCAAAAAAAAAAAGAAUCAAUCUAGCUUGCUUUGUUUUUAAGUGUAGCUGUACAAAAUUAGCCUUCAUAAUAUGGGCCUAAUGCAAUGCAUAUUAAUUCAUAUCAGUCAAUUCCAAAUCAUGAUUUUACAACAAAGUAGAUCAUUUUUGCAAAAAUGAAGAUGGUCCAAGUAAAUCCAGCCACACUAUGUCUUCUUGGUGAACUGAUUUAGUAAUCU